AUGGAACCGCUAGGAUCAGACCAGACGAACAACGCCGACUCGCAACAUCCCCCCCUCGCCGACCCCGACCCAACGAGCAAAACGCCCCCGCACCCGCCCCCGCCCCCGCCGUGCCCGACAUGCGCCCGCAUCCUCGACGUGGUCAACGGCGAAGAAGGCCGAAGCGUCGAGCUGAAUCAUUCGAGCUUGCAAGACGAACCCGGCCGCCCGCGCCGCCGCCGCUGCGACGCACACGACCGCUUCCUCAACGGAGUCUUCGACCUCGCGGACCGCCGCCGCCGCCGCAGUCCCGGGGAGGAGGAGGGGGAGGGGCAGCGGGGAAGCAGCACUCGAGACAGCGACGCCCCCGUCGUCGUCGUCAUCGCCAAACAGCGCUCGAAAGCGACAUCUAAGGGGUCCGUCAUCACCGUCGCCCGCCGAGGAGGAGGAGGAGGAGGAGGAGGAGGAGGAGGAGGAGGAGGGGGUAGUAGCAGUGGUUUCCGCACCAGCACCAGCAGCACCGCUGAACUCGUCAUCGCCAGCCUGAGGGGCGGCAAAGCCGACGAAAGCUGCGAGGGACGGCCGGUGGACCGGCGGUGGGUGGAUCCGGGCCUGCUGCGCGGCUGGAUGGAGACGUGCGAGCGGGAGCACCUACGUCUGGGGGGGCAGCACGCCGACGACGCGUUGAAGACGACGGCGCGGAACGUGCGGGAGCUGUGCGAGCCGGGCGCGUUGUCGACGUCGAUGCUCCACGGCCCACGCCACAACGAGCGGCUGCCCCGGACGGUCAGCGACGCCAUGCGCGUCGUCGCGCUGCUCCUCGGGGAGCGGUACCUCUGGGUCGACGCGCUGUGCAUCGUGCAGCAACAGGACGACGACGACGACGACGAGGGCGACGACAACGACGAGCGCGACGAGGCCGAGACCGCCCGCGUGCGCAAACACCUCAUCGCCAACAUGACCGCCGUGUACGCGCACGCAACCGCCACCAUCGUCGCGGCCGGGGGCGCGGAUGCUAACUCCGGCCUGAUGGACGGGCUCCUAGGCACGGUGUCGUCGGAACAGCGGCCGCGCAACAACCCCUGCGUCUUCGACUUCUGGCCCGACGACGGCACGCAACUGAACUGGCCUGGCAGCAGCGGCGGCGGCGGCGCCGCGGAUGGCGGGCUCGGCCAGACGCGGUGGAACGCGCGGGGGUGGACGUUCCAGGAAUACGUCUUUUCGCGGCGGCGGCUCGUUUUCCUCGGGCAGUCGCGGGUGCGGUGGGAGUGCGGGGAGGCGUGUUUUUGGGAGGAGCUCCGGCAUCAUGUCACUUGCGGGCCGCCCACGGCGGAGUCGCGGGCGUGUUAUGACGGGGACGACGACGUCCGGGGGGUGCGGAUUUGGCAGGCGGCGACGUUGGUACGGGCGGGCCGGAGGGAUGAUGCGUCGACGACGAGCUGGUGGUUGUUGUUUCCGGAUGUGGAGCUGUUUAAGGGGAUGGUGCGCGCGUAUUGCGAGCGGGAGCCUGGACUUCGCCGACGCUGGGAUCCCGGCCGGACGUGUGGACGACUUGUUACGAGGAAUCCGCCGACGUGGUCGUGGGUUGCCUGGAAGGGCGGACUGCAUUUCGCUUCGGUCUGGAGAAACGAGGACUUCGUCCUGUGGAAUCGCGACACUUGGUUUUACUCGGUGGACUACAUCAAACGAGUCUUCCCCCUGGUGCGGUGGUCGACCCGCCACACGAAAACAUCUGCGCCGCUAGAUGUCGGCCACCAGAACUCGUGGUUUUCCUACAAGAUGCGCACCACGCGGAGCGAUGACGACAGCGGCGACGGCCGCCACAACAGCGACAACAGUGGAGCUGCGGAAGCACAGAAGGCCCUCGAAGGCCGUUAUCUGUGCUGCUCCACGCAGCGCUCAUACUUCGAGCUGGACUUCCUGUCGGAGUCCGACGGGAGGAAGGACUACGGCUUGGUCGACCCGGAGCUUGUGUGCGCGGACGGGGAGGAUCAAUGUCACGGCUUCCUGUGGGUCCACGACCAAUCGCUGCUCGAGCACAUGGAUACGCAGGUGAUUUUUGGGGAUGAAGAGAGCCGGCCUGUGCGUGUCAAGCUCGUGGCCGUGUCGAUGUUGUAUAGGCGGGGGGCCGGCCGUGGUUGCCGGUGGGCAGAGCCGCUGGGCGAGGAGCGGCCGCAGUGGUAUAACGUGCUUUGGGUGGAGUGGGUCGAUGGCGUGGCGUAUCGGAAGGGUGUUGGGGAGGUGAGGAGGGAGGUAUGGGAGAGUCGGGAGAGGGAGUGUGUCGAGUUGGUUUUGGGGUAG